UCAUGUUCCAGAUUACGAUAUGCAAAUGAGGCGGUUCGAUUAUUAUGCAAUGAGUUUUAAAUCAUUAGUCAUUAAAAACAAUUGUGGUGUUUUUGUAGAUGAGCUUAAAAAAAAUCAAUCAGGAGUUCAAGACCUGAGGAGAAACCGGUGAACUCAGCUUUUAUGUGGUGAGGAACCCCACCACCGAGUUAUCCCCCCCUCUAUGUGUGGAAUAAUGGUACGGUCUGGAUUCCAUUCAUACGGAGCGCACACAAUAUUCAGACGCAGCGCGCAUGCGCGGGGUCACAACAUGGCCGCUGGUUUAUAUCUGACAACACGGAGUGAGGAGCAGGAGCAAUCCAGAGAAGGUCCUGGUCUGCUGGGGAAGGAUAUGUGAUGGAGGCUGGGGAGCGACUGAGAAGGCGGAUGACCAGGGCGUGUAAGCGCUCCGGGGAGCAGGUCCCGGUCCUGCGGUCACUGAGCACAGGGAAUGUCCGAGCUCAUAACGAGAAGGAGGCCAUGGGAGAAGAUGAAGGAGAAGAUAAAGGAGAAGGAGAAGACAACCCGCUGGAGCAGAAGGUGACGGCCCCGCGGUACAGCCUGGUCCGGGAGGUCGGCCGCGGGAGCUACGGCGUGGUGUACGAGGCGGUGGCGCGGAGCUCCGGCACCGUGGUAGCCGUCAAGAAGCUGCGCUGCGACGCGCCCGAGAACGUGGAACUGGCUCUGGCCGAGUUCUGGGCCCUGACCAGCCUGGAGAAGCGGCACGAGAACGUGGUGCAGCUGGAGGAGUGUGUGCUCCAGAGGAACGGCAUGGCGCAGAAGAUGAGCCACGGGAACAAGCGCUCCAGGCAGUACCUGCGCCUGGUGGAGACCUCGCUCAAAGGAGAGCGUGUGCUGUCGAGUCCGGAGGAACCGUGCUACCUGUGGUUUGUGAUGGAGUUCUGCGAAGGAGGCGAUCUGAACCGCUUCAUCCUGUCCCGGCAGCCCGACCCCGACACCAACGCCAGCUUCAUGCAGCAGCUGAGCAGCGCCGUGGCCUUCCUGCACCGCAACAACAUCGUGCACCGGGACCUGAAACCGGACAACAUUCUGAUCUCGGAGCGCUCCGGAGCGCCGGUACUCAAAGUGGCCGACUUCGGCUUGAGCAAAGUGUGUGCGGGACUGGCGCCCGGGCCCGCGGGCCGCUCCGACCACGAGGACCACCACAAACCCGGAGUCAACGUGAACAAGUUCUGGUUGUCUUCGGCAUGCGGCUCGGACUUCUACAUGGCGCCUGAGGUAUGGGAGGGACACUACACGGCCAAGGCGGACAUCUUCGCGCUCGGCAUCAUCAUCUGGGCCAUGAUCGAGAGGAUCACGUUUAUCGAUGGCGAGUCGAAGCGCGAGCAGCUCGGGACGUACGUACGCCAGGGCUCAGACAUCGUACCCGUCGGCGAGGCGCUGCUCGAGAACCCCAGGAUGGUUCUGAGCAUCCCACAGCGGCGUCGCUCGCACAUGUCCGCCGCACUCCGCAAACUCCUGCAGGACAUGCUCGCCGUCAACCCGCAGGACCGACCUGACGCUCAGGAGCUCCUCGCCAGGAUCGCUCGAGUCAUCUGUGCUGGAUGAACGCUCAUUCUCACACACACACACACACACACACUCGCAUGCACACGCACAGGUACGUCUUUUCAAAAAAGCUUUUCCUGUUCCUCUUGAGCUUCCUUAACUUUUCUGUCUGGAACAUAUAAAAAUGUUCUAAAUGAU